AUGGGGCCUCCUGAUGCGACGUUUACUGGGGGAAAUGCAAACGCAAGAACGCUUAAUCAGGGCUACUCGCCGUCCCCAGUGAACAGAACGCGGAGUUCAGCGCUUGGAAUUGAUGGCUUUAAUGACAGCCAGUCCGCUGAUUUCGAGCUGCAGCCGAUGCUGAAGAUCGUGUUGUCGCAGCUUGAGCAACACCGGAUCCUGCCCGUGGUUCGCAAGGAGCCCUCCCAUCUCUGCUCGCCUCCCGGGGGUUCCCCAAAUGGCAACAUCUGUGCCUCAAACCAAGACGCUGGUUCGCGAAACUGGAGCCUGACUGAGCACGACGUGACCUGUGUCGUGGAUGACGUCACGGCGGCCUUGUCCUGGCUACACGACAACGGCAUCUCGGGCAUCCAUCUGAACGAGGACAGCAUUCUUUUGGACAAGGAUUCAAAUGGUCAGCAGAGGGCUUAUCUGCAGCUUCCGCAGAGCAUCCUGGGAGUAGAUGCGCCCACCAGCAAACUGCGAGAAAGUUCGGCCGACAUCGGUGUCGAACUCGACAACAAGGCCAUAGAGAAUCUGAUCGGCCGACUCAGAAACAAUGCCAGCCUGGAACCAGAUGAGCAGAAGACGCAAAUCGACAGCGGCCAACUGAUGACCAUAUCACACUUGUAGACACCGUUUAAAUAUAUUUGUUACCUUGAUCACUUCGGCACCAUGUAAGACAAUUAUGACAUUAAAAUAAAAAUUGGUCCAAGGAUGAUAAAAACAAUUAUUAAUGAGCUGAAAUUUCUUUGAAAUACACGUGUGUUACUUAUUUAAUCAAAAUACUGGAAAGGUGGAGGUUCUUGUAGAUUCCACUGUACAGAAAAAAAUAACUGUUAACUAGUCUAAUUAUCUUUGGUUUGUCCCAAACGAUUCACCGUUUUCAAAAUACAUGUAAACGCGCAAAGCUGCCAUCUUUCUCAAUUUGU